AUGCCUCACCCUGGCCUUCUCCACCAACUUCAACAAUGCGCCAAGCGCCAUCUCCCGACUCAAGGCAAGAAACUCCAUGCCCACAUAAUCAAAUCCGGCCUAGACCACAGUGGCCUCCUUUAUCCUAACACCCUCAUUGAUGUGUAUGGCAAAUGUGGCUAUCCAAAUGACGCCCUCCAACUGUUCGACGAAAUGCCCGAACGCGACUUGGCCUCAUGGGCAUCAAUUUUCACUGCCCACAACCAAGCCAACCUUUUUCAAAACACCCUAUCUUUGUUCUCCACCAUGUUUCUACUUGAUGGCUUCCAACCGGACCAUUUUAUCUUUGCGAGUCUCGUUAAGGCUUGUGCUAAUAUGACUGCCUUGAAACUAGGCCAGCAAGUGCAUGCCCAAUUUCUGGUAUCGCCGUUUUUGCACGAUGACGUUGUUAAGUCGUCCCUGGUUUAUCUUUAUGCAAAAUGUGGACUGCCUGAUACUGCACAUAAUGUUUUUAAUUCCAUUUUGUCAAAAAAUGUUAUUUCUUGGACUAGCUUGAUAUAUGGCUAUGCGCGGGCAGAGAGGAAGAGUGAGGCUAUUGAGCUCUUACGUGGAAUGCCGAGGAAAAAUCUGUACUCUUGGACUGCUUUGAUAUCGGGGUUUGUGCAGAGUGGGCUUUUGGUUGAUGCGAUUAGGCUUUUCAUCGAGAUGAGAAGAGAAGGAGUUUAUAUCGAGGACCCUUUUAUUCUUGCGAGUAUGAUUGGUGCUUCAGCUAGCUUAGCUGUCUUGGAUCUUGGGAAGCAGAGCACACAACAACACUGGGAGAAGCCUUGA